CAAGUGGUCAGUGGUCACAGCUCUGGAGCUUGGCACUUUCAGUAGGCAUUGCGCGAUCGACUGAUGCGCCAGCACGAUCUCGUCUAAAUUGCCACUCGGCUGUUAGUUCUCAGUUCUCCGUUCUCGGUUCUCACUUGUCGCGAUUCUUCUCUCUUGAUUCUCUCGGCAAUUCAAUGUUUCGCAAUUGCGUCGUGCUAAAAUUGCGUUUAAUUAAAGUAUAAAAAGAGAAUAAAGGCCAUAUUUGGAACUAUUCGUCUUUAUAUUCAUAUUCAUAUUCAUAUUCACAUUCAUAACGGUGUUAUGAGUCGCCACAGUCCGUUGAAACUAGCGCUGCCGUUGCCGCAGGUGCAUGCCGCCACCCCGCCCCCAAACAACCCCCAACGACGCGUUACAUUGGGAUUGGGGGUUAAUGAACAAACGGGACGAUUACAGUGGUGUCCCGGUAUAACAUGCUGUAAAUUAAUGUUGCUGCUUCCAGUGGUGAUGCUGCCAUUGACAUUGCUGCUGCUGCUGCUGCUGCGGCUGGAUGGAAUGUUGCAAGCUCUGCAGCUCAACGAGCAACGUGUGCGGAAUCAACAACAUCUGCAACAACAAUCGGCAGCUGCAUCCAUCACGGAGUUUAUGAAUGAUUACGAGUCACUGCUGCCGGAGAGUGACAACUACAAUGAGCUCAUCACCGACGAGUUCCUGCCCCACAUCGAGUCGAGGGCCAGAAGGUGUCUACCCUAUCGCUAUGGCAAUGGCGAGACUUUGGAUCUGGAGGAGCGCAGCAUAUUGAUGAAGGAUGCACGCACCUCAUUCCUGCCACAUGGCAACGGAGUGGUGUCCAUGCCACGCGAGUGCUUCGAUAAUGAUUUCAAUGUCCAAGAUGAUGUUGGCCAAGAAUUCGACUUCAGUCAGAAGAAGGCACAAAUACCCAAGCGAUAUCCGGAUACCCUACAAUAUUGGUCCGUGCGAGAGCGAAGAGAGGCGGAUUUGGCAGCACCAGAAUCUCCAUUGGUCGAGGCCGCACUGCCCUCCUUCUGGAACGAGCAGGGCACACGGGAUGACAUUCGUCUGGCUCAGGCCAAGACCAUGCAACGUUAUAUGAACACCCAAAUGGAUCCGUGUGUGGAUUUCUAUAAGUACGCCUGCGGCAACUGGGAGAAACUGCAUCCCAUACCCAAGGACAAGGCUGGCUUCGAUACCUUUGAAAUGCUGCGCGAGAGUCUGGAUCUAGUGCUGCGCAAUCUUCUCGAGAAGAACAUGCAGUUGCCCAGUGCCGAGACGCGUGUCCACAACACACUCUUCAAUCUGAACGAACAGCAGCCGGAGCCGGAUCAGGCAGCUGAACUGAAAGCUGAGCAACUGCGUCGACAUAUUGUGCGUCGAAGGCAUCUGCUGAAUCGCGUUCUCGUUCGCUAUAAGCGCUUCUCCAACGGCACCAAGAGGAAGCGACUCAUCGAGUCGGCACAUGAGAAAUCCCAGGAGGAGGAGGCAGCUGUAAUUGCCACCAACAUCAAUGAAAAGCAGAACGACAAGAUUAAGGAUAAGGAGCAGCUGCAGGUCACCACGAGUGAGUUCCUAAAACCCAAGCACGAUGCUCAGUUGAAGGCCAAGAAUCUCUACAAAUCCUGCGUGAACAGUGAGCUCCUGGCACGACGCGGUCUCGAGCCGCUGCAGACGCUUAUCCGUCAACUGGGAGGUUGGCCUGUACUUGACCCAGACUGGCGAAGCACUCACUUCAACUGGCAACAACUGGCGGCCACAUUGCGUCGCUACAACAACGAUAUACUCAUCGUUCAGUGGGUGGGUGCGGACAUAAAGAACUCGGAGGAGAACAUCAUACAGUUUGAUCAAACGGGACUCGGUCUGCCCACUCGGGAGUAUUUCCUGCAACAGAACAAUGCCAAGUAUCUUCACGCCUAUCAGCGCUACAUGUCCGAGGUGAUGCACAAGCUGGGCGCCAGCAAAGCGGAUGCAUUGCGAACCGCCUCCGAGCUGAUUGCCUUCGAGACGCGACUGGCGGCGAUCACGGCUCCAGCGGAACAAAGACUCAAUGUCACCAAGCUCUAUAAGAGAAUGACGCUACAGCAGCUGAAGGCGACAGUGCCGCAGAUUGGUUGGACAACGUAUCUGAGCACGUUGCAAGGACGCAAUGUGAAUGAUACGGAGCAGGUGGUGAUCUAUGCAGUGGAUUAUAUGAAGCAACUGGUGGCUCUACUCGCCGUUACAGAACCCCGCACUGUGGCCAACUACAUGAUGUGGCGAUUUGUGAGGCAUCGCAUUAACAAUUUGGAUGAUCGCUUUGAUGACAUCAAACAGAGUUUCUAUCACUCCCUGUUCGGAAGGGAAGAGAGUCCACAGCGCUGGAAGGUGUGCAUAGCCCAGGUGAAUACGAAUAUGGGUAUGGCAGUGGGUUCCAUGUUUGUGAGUCGCUAUUUCGAUGACAACAGCAAGCGGGAUACACUGAGGAUGACCCAUGAAUUGCAGCAGGCAUUCCGGGAAAUACUCAAGAAAACAGAUUGGUUGGAUCAGAGUACCAAACAGCUGGCUGAGGAGAAAGUUAAUGCCAUGUCACUGAAAAUUGGCUAUCCAGAUUUUAUACUCAACGCAGAGGAAUUGAAUGAAAAGUACGCUGGCAUUGAUAUCCAUCCGGAUAAGUACUUUGAGAAUACGUUAAAUGUGCUCCUCCACACGGCUAAAAUGGAGCAGGCCAAAUUGCAUGAGCGUGUGAACAAAACCAACUGGCAAACGGCACCUGCCAUUGUGAAUGCCUAUUACAGUCGCAAUAAGAACCAGAUCAUGUUCCCCGCGGGUAUCCUUCAGCCACCAUUCUAUCAUCGACACUUUCCCAAGUCAUUGAACUUUGGCGGCAUUGGUGUGGUCAUUGGCCACGAGCUGACCCACGGCUUUGACGACAAAGGACGCCUCUUUGACAGCAACGGCAACAUACACAAAUGGUGGACGGACGCCUCCAUUCAUGGCUUUGAUGAACGCGCUCGCUGCAUCAUUUCACAAUAUGGCAAUUACACGGUCGAGGAGGUGGGCAUAUCCCUUAACGGUGAAAGCACGCAAGGUGAAAACAUUGCAGACAAUGGCGGCCUGCGACAGGCAUUCCACGCCUACAUGCGCUGGGCGAACGCGAAUCCGCAAGAGGCCAAGGAGGACAUACUGCCGGGAAUGAAUAUGACCGGACCACAGUUGUUCUUCUUGAAUUUUGGACAGGUCUGGUGCGGUGCAAUGCGACCGGAAGCGGUGCGGAAUAAGCUCAAUACGGCCAUACAUAGUCCGGGUCGUUAUCGGGUUAUUGGAACGCUCUCCAACUCAUUUGACUUUGCCCGCGAAUUCAAAUGUGCAGUUGGCACGCCUAUGAAUCCUCAGAAGAAAUGCAGUGUCUGGUAGAAAGAACUACACGGCAUGGAUUACCUAAAUAUAUAGCCUAAGAGUAUUACAAACGAUGCAUUCCUAAAUACCAGUUUAUACACAAGUUAAAGACUAACACUAACUUUUACUUAGUUAAUUUCGGAACUUUAACCAGCAGCUUCAAAGUAUACUUGCCACUUGCAAUACAGGAUAUACUCAAAGACAAAUACAAAUAUAUAUACAUUUAUUGCGAUGUAAAAAACUGUGCCAAAAAUAAUUUGUAUACUUUCUAAUUUUAUAUAUUUCAUAGCAUAAUUAACUAUUUAUAUUUUGAACUUGUAUUAAUUUAGUUGAAACUAGCUAUGUUUUGUGAUAAUUUUAAUUAAAUCAAAACAACAAAUUUCAAAACAUUUACAAACGAA